AUGGUGAGUAAAAAGGAAUCUGUGUUUUAUUUGUGCAACCAUUUUGAUAACAUAAAUAGUGCCAAAUUUUUUGAAGAAAAUAAUUUAAUAUUCAUGGAUAAUGUUUUUGUCAAAACAAAAGAAGGGUCAUUAACAUUAUGGAAUAUAGAACAUGAUACAUGUAUUAUCAAAUGGAAUGUAAAUAAUUUUACUUUUAUUAAACCAUAUCGAAUAAACAACCAUCAAAUAGUUACUCCUAUAAAUCAUGAUGGAGAUAUUGCUAUAUAUGAUCUAAAAAUUGAGCAAGAAACUAAUUCACACAACUAUUUUUUUAAUCCAAAGAAAACAAAUACAUGUGAAGAUAUAUUGAAUUAUGAUGAUAGUAAAGGUUAUAAUACAAAUGAUAAUUUUUUUUUUUACUUAAUAAAACGUUUACUACAUCUGAUGAUAUAUAAAAAAGUUGAAAAUGUUGAAUCAAUAUAUAUUAACACAGAACAUAAUAAUAAUGAUAAUUGUUAUGGAUAUAAUAAAAAAAAUAUAGAGAUGUAUAAAGAAAUUAUCGUUACAAAUCCUAUUCCUUAUUUAGGUGAAACAUAUAUUAUGGUUUGCUAUAAGCUUUCCUUAUUUUGUUUGUAUGAUUAUAGGAUGACAACUAAUUGUGUAAAAUACUUCAUUCUAAAUAAUAUGAAUGAUACUAUUUUAAGUUAUCAUAUGAAUAAUAUUGUAAUAAGAAGUGACGAUAAAAUUUUAUUAUCCAUAACAAACAGUUGUAAUAUAAAUAUAUAUAAUUUAAAUAAUAUAAAAAAAAUUGAUCAUAUAUCAUCUUAUAAAUUUAAUUAUCUUAAUUUUAUUGAUUUUCAUAAACUCUCCUUAUUUUUUGCAGUAGCAGAAAACAGUAAAAUUUUUAUAUGGGACCAGCCCGCAUCAUAUUAUAAUAAAGACAUAAAAAUAUAA